AUGGACCCCGAAGUGAUCAAGAUUCUCCUUGUAGGCGAUGAAAAAUGUGGCAAGACUACGUUCCUUUCCCGACUCAGCGCAGAUGAUGGCGUCAACCCGAUCCCCAUGCUUCGUGAUAUCGACCAGCCAUAUAUCUUUGGUAUCAAGACCGGGAACACCCGGUUCUCAUUCGAAUUCUACGAUACAUCGUGUCCUGAUAAUUGGAGGACCCUGGACCCCGAUGCCGUUGUUAUUUGUUUCGACAUUACCCAGCGGUUGAGUCUUAUCAAUAUGCAAAGAUAUUGGAUUGAUGAAGUAAAAAAGUCGUUCCAGCGGAUCGAUACCCUGCCUCUUAUCAUCCUCGGUCUGAAGCGCGAUCUAAGAUCAGAGGAUGAUCCAAAUGGGAUCAUCUACCCGCAAGAAGCAUAUCAAGUCGCGCAAACCCUCAGAGCGGAUCGAUAUGUAGAGUGUUCGGCAGUGACGGGUGAAUUGUUGAAGCUGGCGUUUGAAGAUCUGUGCAAGACAGCCAUGACUCCGACAACAGGUUCGAACAGCCAGAGCGCAAGCACAUGCACCAUGAUAUGA